CUACCAACAUUUACUUUUGGAUAUCUCUCCCUGAUUGAGAAGUCGGGAUUUCUUUUUGAUAUUCGGUCAUCCUAAUAUGGCGACAUUGGCAACAACCAUCGCGCCAACGAUAUCAUGGCAGUGACGUCAAACCAAAGUUCCGUUGUUGCGCACGCAAUCGAGCCCAUUGAAUUACCAGCAAUACAACCAGUCAGGGCCGCUGCUCCCGCAAGCCAAAGCGACAAGCAGGGUGAGGAUCAGAUUCAAGCGGUGGCCGAGCCGGGUCAGCGGCGAAACACAUUCAGGACGUGUACUGUCAUUAGUGCACUGUUCGCUACUCUCUUCAUCAUCGCGCUGAACACUACCAUCGUGGCCACUGCAAUACCCACCAUCUGCUCCGAAUUACAUGCAGCAUCCGGAUACUCCUGGAUCGGUGCCUCGUAUGUUAUUGCAACCACCGCUGUCGUUUCAAUAUGGGCGAAACUCUCAGACAUAUGGGGCCGGAAGCCACUGCUGCUAAUUGCUGUUGCAUUAUAUUUCGCCAGCUCCAUCUUAUGCGCAGUCUCAACCAACAUGGGCAUGCUCAUCAUCGGCCGUACUCUCCAGGGAGUAUCUGGUGGCGGUUUGGGUCCUCUCAUCAACAUUGUCAUUUCAGAUUUCUUUAGUUUGAGGACUCGACCUCUUUUUCUCGGCCUGCUCCACGUAACAUAUGCUGUUGCUGGAGGCCUUGGACCGGUGCUCGGUGGCGCGCUCACAGAGUACGUGUCCUGGAGGUGGAUUUUCUGGAUCAACCUUCCAAUCGCUGGGAUAGCGUUCUGCUUGUUGUUCCUGUUUCUGGACGUCCAUAACCCGAAGACCAAGUUUGCCGACGGUAUCAAAGCAGUCGACUGGGCGGGGAGCAUCUCUAUCGUCGGCAUCAUGGUCAUGGUGCUGCUUGGGCUCAACUUUGGUGGCGCGACAUAUUCAUGGAGCUCUUCGAAAGUCAUCUGCCUUGUCGCAGUUGGGGCUUCAAUGACCAUCUUGUUCCUCGUCAACGAAGGCCGAUUCGCACGAUAUCCUAUUAUGCCGCUUGGCUUAUUUCGCUGCAGAUCUAACGCUGCAUGUCUUAUCAUUGGCUUUACGCAGAACUUUGUUGUCAACGCUGCGGACUACUAUCUACCACUCUACUUUCAAUCAGCGAAAGAGGCUUCACCCCUUCGUUCUGGUGUCCUCAUCCUUCCGAUGAUCAUCGUUGAAGCACUUACGGCCGUUGCUUCUGGCAUCCUCAUUCAUCAGACAGGCCGAUAUGUCGAGCUCAUUUGGAUAGGCGGGGUUGUGCUUACUAUUGGCUUCGGGUUGUUUGUCCACCUUACUGCGAUGACCAGCCUAGGAUCCAUGGUCGCCUUUCAAGUCGUGGCCGGACUCGGAGCAGGUGUUCUUUUUGAUCCGCCCACGAUUGCUCUUCAAGCUCUUGUAACUCAAGACGACACUGCCACGGCCACAGCUACUCUUUCGUUCAUGCGCAGCGUAGGUACCUCUAUUUCGAUUGUUAUUGGUGGCGUCAUCUUUCAAAACGGAAUGCAACUUCAGACGUCGAAUUUGCGAGACAAAGGACUGCCAGCAGACUUGUUGAAGAGCCUCUCUGGGGCAGAUGCGGCAAGUAAUGUCAAUCUCAUCGCAACCAUCGCAGAUCAGACACAGAAGUUGGCGGUCAAACAGGCUUUUGCAUGGAGCUUGCGGAACUUUUGGAUCAUGUGCACUUGCAUGGCAGCAUGUGGACUCCUGGCUGGUGGACUCAUCACCAAGAAAGAGUUGUCCCAAGAGCACACGGAAACCCAAACGGGGAUCAGAAAGGAGAAGAACGACGUUGCGGUCGAACCAGGCGUGACUCCUGAACAGCUCUAGAACGACAUAUAGAAUGAGUCACAUACAGAUACCGGAGGCGUAGACGGAGAGGAUAUUGAGUUACUACGGUUGCAGUCUGCUGAAGAAGCUCAGCGGAGCCGUCCCUGGCUGACGCUUCAGGGUGACGAGUUUGUACGUCGAGUACCCGGUAUCGGUUUUAUUGAGAUGCCUGGAGCCAAAC